AAGAGGCCUUUUAACAGCUCUCUGAAAAUCAACUGCCUCCCGAGUGUGUGCCUCGUGCCCGAAGCAGUUUCCACUGGCCGUACCACGGGGUGAUGCCCAAGGUGCAUCACUUCCCAAGAAUUGGAUCAUGAACAACUUUAUCCUCCUGGAGGAACAGCUCAUCAAGAAAUCGCAACAAAAAAGAAGAACUUCUCCUUCAAACUUCAAAGUCCGUUUCUUUGUUUUAACCAAAACCAGCCUGGCGUACUUUGAGAACCGUCAUGGGAAAAAGCGCACAUUGAAGGGCUCCAUUGAACUCUCCCGAAUCAAAUGUGUCGAGAUUGUGAAAAGUGACAUUAGUAUCCCAUGCCACUAUAAAUAUCCAUUUCAGGUUGUGCAUGACAACUACCUCCUGUAUGUGUUUGCUCCAGACCGUGAGAGCCGGCAGCGCUGGGUUCUGGCCCUUAAAGAAGAAACAAGGAAUAAUAACAGUUUGGUGCCCAUGUAUCAUCCUAAUUUCUGGAUGGAUGGGAGAUGGAGGUGCUGUGCUCAGCUGGAGAAGCUUGCAGUGGGCUGUGCCCAGUACGAUCCAACAAAGAAUGCUUCAAAGAAGCCUCUUCCUCCUACUCCUGAAGACAACAGGCGAUCACUUCGGGAACAUGAAGAAACCAUUGUCAUUGCCUUGUAUGACUACCAAACAAACGAUCCACAGGAGCUCAUGCUACAACGCAAUGAGGAGUACUACCUGCUGGACAGUUCCGAGAUUCACUGGUGGAGAGUACAGGACAGGAAUGGGCAUGAAGGAUAUGUACCAAGCAGUUAUCUGGUGGAAAAAUCUCCAAAUAGCCUGGAAACUUAUGAGUGGUACAAUAAGAGUAUCAGCCGAGACAAAGCUGAAAAACUUCUUUUGGACACAGGCAAAGAAGGAGCCUUCAUGGUACGAGAUUCCAGGACCCCGGGAACAUACACCGUGUCUGUUUUCACCAAAGCCAUCGUAAGUGAGAACAACCCCUGUAUAAAGCACUAUCACAUCAAAGAAACAAAUGACAACCCCAAGCGAUACUAUGUGGCUGAGAAGUAUGUGUUUGACUCCAUCCCUCUCCUCAUCAAUUAUCACCAACAUAAUGGAGGAGGUCUGGUCACUAGACUCCGGUAUCCAGUUUGUUCCUGGAGGCAGAAAGCCCCGGUCACAGCAGGACUGAGAUAUGGGAAAUGGGUGAUUGAUCCCUCAGAGCUCACUUUUGUGCAGGAGAUUGGCAGUGGGCAGUUUGGGUUGGUGCAUCUUGGCUACUGGCUCAACAAGGACAAGGUGGCCAUCAAAACCAUUCAAGAAGGGGCUAUGUCAGAAGAGGACUUCAUAGAGGAGGCUGAAGUCAUGAUGAAACUCUCUCACCCCAAACUGGUCCAGCUGUAUGGGGUGUGCCUAGAGCAGGCUCCCAUCUGCCUGGUGUUCGAGUUCAUGGAGCACGGCUGCCUGUCGGAUUACCUGCGCAGCCAGCGGGGACUCUUUGCUGCAGAAACCCUGCUGGGCAUGUGCCUGGACGUGUGUGAGGGCAUGGCGUACCUGGAGGAGGCAUGUGUCAUCCACAGAGACCUGGCUGCCAGAAACUGUUUAGUGGGAGAGAACCAAGUCAUCAAGGUGUCCGACUUUGGGAUGACAAGGUUCGUCCUCGAUGAUCAAUACACCAGUUCCACAGGCACCAAGUUCCCGGUGAAGUGGGCAUCCCCGGAAGUCUUCUCCUUCAGCCGCUAUAGCAGCAAGUCAGAUGUGUGGUCAUUUGGUGUGCUGAUGUGGGAAGUCUUCAGUGAAGGCAAAAUCCCGUAUGAAAACCGAAGCAACUCAGAAGUGGUAGAAGACAUCACUACUGGAUUUCGCUUAUACAAGCCCCGGCUGGCCUCUGUGAAUAUCUACCAGAUCAUGAAUUAUUGCUGGAAAGAGAAACCAGAAGACCGGCCACCUUUCUGCAGACUCUUGAGUCAACUGGCUGAAAUUGCAGAAUCGGGACUUUAG